GCGAGUGUGUUUAUUUGUGCUGCGGGGAAAAGAAGCGGGAAGUGUCGUGUUUUUAACCGGAAUUCCAGUCAGGCGGAUUAGCGUUAGCUCGCUUUAGCUAACAUUAGCUCCUCUGCUACACUGGUGCAUUUCUUUUUUAUGUAUUUUUUUAAACAACACGAGUCUCGUGCUGACGCCGCUGGUCGCAGGUGACACGCGGCAUGUUUGGUGCUAACCGGAAGAAGUUUAUGGAGGGGGGGGUGGAGAGCGACUACGCCGACGACUCCAGCCUCUACUACAGCCAGCAGUCCAUGUUCCCUCCUCACCGCGCAGACAAAGACAUGUUGGUGUCGUCGUCCUCGUCCACGUCGGGUCAACUGUCGCAGCUGGGAAGCAGCUUAUAUGGUCCGCAGAGCGCAUUGGGUUUUCCCAUGCGAGGUCUGAACAGCAGCGCGGCGCCGCCGCUGAGUCGAAGCGGCCUGAACCCGUCUGCCAGCCAGCUCUCCAGCCACGUCAGCACACCCAGCACCGGCACCAUGCACACGCCCCCUUCACCCAGCAGGGGGAUCCUGCCGAUGAGUCGGAGCGUGAUGAACCACAAUCAGCAGGUCGGCGGUCCCACGGGUCAGACGGGCGGGAUGGGCGUUGGCAUCGGAGGAGAGCGGGGCGUCGGCAGCGGAGGGAGGAGUGGCGGCGGCAUGGGCAGCCCCAGUCGGUCGUCGCCCAGCAUCAUCGGCAUGCCCAAACCACAGCAGGCACGGCAGCCGUUCACCAUCAACAGUAUGUCGGGGUUUGGCGUGAACAGGAAUCCCGGCUUCAACCUAAACAACUCAUUAUCCAACAACAUCUUCAAUGGAACAGAUGGCAGUGAGAACGUGACGGGUCUGGACCUGUCGGACUUCCCGGCGUUAGCGGACCGGAGUCGGAGGGACGGCGGUUCGAAUCCCACCCCGCUGCUCAACCCGCUGGCCGGUCGGGCGCCGUACGGUGAGCACCUUCACUUUGGCAUGGUAACCAAGCCGUCCAGUGAGCAGUCGCAAGACUUCUCCAUCCACAACGAGGACUUCCCGGCUCUGCCUGGACCCAACUACCAGACGAAAGACUCCAGCAGCGCCACCGAAGACAGCAAAACGAAUCUGAACUCAUCAGGAAAGCCCGCCUCCAACUCAGAUGGUCCAAAGUUCCCCGGCGACAAGAGCUCGGUGCCGAGCAACAACAACCAGCAGAAGAAAGGGAUCCAGGUUCUUCCUGACGGGCGUGUGACCAACAUCCCCAUCGGCAUGGUAACGGACCAGUUUGGAAUGAUCGGCCUGUUGACGUUCAUCCGGGCAGCGGAGACGGACCCCGGCAUGGUCCACCUGGCGCUGGGCUCGGACCUCACAACGCUCGGCCUCAACCUCAACUCACCCGAGAAUCUCUAUCCUAAGUUUGCGUCUCCGUGGGCGUCGGCUCCGUGUCGACCGCAGGAUAUCGACUUCCACGUCCCCUCAGAGUAUUUAACCAACAUCCACAUAAGGGACAAGUUAGCAGCCAUCAAGUUGUCUCGAUACGGUGAAGAUCUGCUGUUUUAUCUCUACUACAUGAACGGAGGAGAUCUACUACAACUGCUGGCUGCGGUAGAACUCUUUAACAGGGACUGGCGGUACCACAAAGAGGAGCGGGUCUGGAUCACCCGGGCCCCGGGGAUGGAGCCCACGCUGAAGACCAACGCCUACGAGAGAGGGACCUACUACUUCUUCGACUGCCUCAACUGGAGGAAAGUGGCCAAGGAGUUCCAUCUGGAGUACGAGAAGCUAGAAGAGCGGCCUCACGUUCCCUCCACGUUCAACUACAAUCCUGCCCAGCAGGCCUUCUGAUUGGCUCCUCCUCCUGCCUGCCUCCCUGCCAUUGGCUCUCCUGGCUCAUCCCAUCACCGCUCCGUCUCUUAGGUUUUAUUCCACCUCCACACACAUUUCUUUUUUAAAAAUCUGGCCGUUGAGGAACUGGAAACCGAAAACCGGAGAGGACGUCCUGCCUCUUUAAACACAACCUCUCUCCUGAAUAGACUUUCUGAUUUUAACUUUUUCUUCGUUUCUUUACCUCGUUUUAUUUUAUUUUUUUAUUUCAUUUCCCUCCCUCCUCCCUCCAUGGGUUCUGUUGGUUCUGUUCUGUGGAGCACUGACGUCACCGUACAACAAACACCGACACACGCGAGCACUGUAAAUAAAUAACUGUCCGUCUGUUUCUACUCCGUCUUUAAAGAAAAUCCAAUAUUUUUCUGUCAAGAGAAACUUUUAAAGAAGAAAAAAAAACAGAUUUUAACAUGACACAAGAUCAAAAACGUCAGGAUGGAUCAUUUUAUUUCACUCUUGUGUCGCGAGGAACUGAGGAUAUUUAUCAGUUUUCUUUUUGACGUUGAUCAGGUUUCAGAUCUCACACACACACACACACACACAAGCAGACAGCGGACAGUCAGGGGAGGAAAUGCAAUGUACAUUGUAGCACUAUUUCAUAAUAAAAGGAGAAAAAAGUUCUUUUUA